CAGUGUCACUCUCCCUGCCCCAGAAAAGGCUCCGUCGCUGUGUUUGUAUUUGUCCCGAGCAGUCACAUGGAAACGGGUUCGCAGCGCGCCUCCGCCUCCCCUCGCCUAAACUUCAGCACCGGCUAGGAUAGAUGAGCGAGGGGCGGGAGCCACGCUUCAAAACGGGUCCGUUUCACAAGGCAAGGGGCUCCCCCUGUAACGCAGCGGCCAUGCCCGUGUGACAGCGCGGAGCCGGGACCAGGCUCGGCCCUUCCAGCUUUCAGAUAGCCAGGGGAGGAUGGCUCAGCCAGAAGGGAGGAAAGUGUGAAUGAAAGGAGGAGGAGAAGAAAGGCAUCAGCUCAUCAUUCCCUCCUCCCCCCUUCCCUCCCACUCCCAAACUGGAAUUGUAUCAAGCCUUUAAUUCAGUGGAAAGGAGUGAGCCAUCCAUGGAGACUCUCGCGCAGUCUGGGGCCAAUAAACCUCCCAGCGGGAGAAAAAUGAAGGCUCGAGCUCCCCCUCCACCAAGUCAACCUCUUGCUGCAAGUCAAAUUCAGAGUGAACAGAAGUCACUCUCAGAGCUGGGAGUAAUCCCUGAUCAGAGCUUGGUGACCAUGAAAGAAAAUCUGAUAAACAGGACAGUGGACUUCACAGUCGUUUUACCAAGUGGUGUGGAACAGAAGAGCAAUGUACAUGGGAGUAAAGCCGUGAUGGAUCUGUUGGUGGAUUUGUGCAGCAGAUACCACUUGAAUCCAGCUCACCAUACCCUUGAGUUGAAGGCUUGUGGGAUGGAACCUUUGAGUUAUAAGCCUAAUACUUUGGUUGGGGCGCUGGAUGUACAGACAGUACUUCUGAAGGAGAAAGUUCCUGAAGGGAAGACAAAACGACCUCCACCUAGGAUCCCUGAGAAAUCCAUGAGGUUGGUAGUGAAUUACCUGAAGACACACAAGGCUGUGGUUCGAGUUAGUCCCGAGGUGCCUCUGCAUAGCAUAAUCCCAGCCAUUUGUGAAAAGUGCGAGGUCAGUCCAGAGCAUGUCGUCCUCCUGAGGGACAAUAUCACUGGGGAAGAGCUGGAACUUACAAAGUCCUUGGACGAGUUAGGAAUAAAGGAAUUGUAUGCCUGGGAUAGGAAAAGAGUUCUUCCAUCAAAAACUCAGUCUGAACCUUCUCUAAGCUAUAGAGAAUCAAGUCAAAAUUCUUCAAUAAGCAACGACGCAACAGAAAAAGAAAAGAGAGGAUUUCUGGGAUUUUUCAAAGUUAAUAAAAGAAGCAGCAAGACAGAAGAUCGUUUGAGGCUGGACGGUAACUAUGGGGAUGAGGAUGGUUUUAGUUCUACAACUGCUAGUGAAAGGAGCUUGGAUGGCUUUGCAACAGCUCCAAAUUCACCUUCAGUGAAUUCACGUUCCAUUACGCUGGGUCCAUCACUAUCUCUUGGCAACAUUUCAGGAAUGACCGCCAACCCAGAAAUUAAAAAACGCAGAGCACCUCCUCCGCCAGUGGCAACACCCGAUUUGCAAAGUAUGGAGACAAGCGGAGUGGCAAAGACAACAAUGCAGAUUCCACAAGGGGCAUCACAGAAUGAUUUACAGAAAAAAAAGAGACGUGCCCCUCCACCACCGACUCCUCCUGUUCCUGUCAUGCCAAACAGAACAGAAGAAAAGGAAGACAAGAGGAAGAGCACAGUGGUUUAUUGUUGUGCAUCAUUCCCUUCACACACCAAGCACGUCUGACAGAACUUGCCUCAUCUUAUGACCUUCAUACCUCUGACGCCUCCCGUUGCCUCUGCUACCCUGACUCUUCCGUUGCCUUUCUUCCUUCCCUGCUAGAAGAGCUCCUUUUAUCUGACUGAAUCCUUGGCUUCCUUUCUUUUUGAACUUGCACACCUUCAUUUAAUUAAUAUUGAUAUGUUUGGCUUUGUUUCACACUCAUUCGUUAAGUGUAUUCUCCAGAACUGAACCCUGUGUUAUACAGAUACGUAUCACCAUCAAAAAGAUUCCCCAUUCAUAUGUCUGUUUCUUUACAAAUUAUUCUUGUUGCUUUGGGUCAGUAUUUAAUUUGAUUCAGCAUUUCACUUUUUUUUUUCCUUACAUGCAACCCUGUUUUACAAAUUUAUUGAAAAGAUUCUAGUACAAUUGCUCGUUUUUCUAUAAGGCUAGGCCUCGCAUUCUGCAUUUUCCCAAGCAUUUUAUGGUUUCCCUUAUUGCAGCUAUUUUGUGCCAUCUAAAUAGACCUGAAAGUGAGCAUGGCCUAAAGUCCAAGAUUCCUUUCAUAUCUUGGCCACUGAUCAAGUUACUGAGUUAAAAAUAGAAACCUUAAAGGUCUGUCGGACCUAUAAUGGGCCUAAACAGAAAACUGAGGAUAAGUACCAAGUACAUUAAUUCAUAGCCUUUACUUUUACUUUUCAUACUAAUGCUUACUUUGAUUAAUUCCUUCUUGAUUCUACAAACACACUAUGGAAACUAAAGUAUUUGUCAUAUUUCUGUAACAAGAUUCAAAACAUUGUUUGCUCGAGAUAAAUCUAAUUCUGCAGGUCUUCAUUUUUCAUUUACAAAAGGAAUAUGCAGAUGAUUAUAGUUAAAAUAUGAACUGUUGGUAGGAUCACACCCACCUAAAACUCUUUGCACUGAGGACACUUGUUCAUGCAAAUGACUCCCCAGCACAUUUUGUUACUCAUUCUGGAUCACAACCAUGGGUUUUAUGAGCUGAAACAGUGCACACACCCAAAACCCUAUUCUGCCUUCAUAGGUAACAGGUAUUUAAGAUGUUUGUUAUUUAAAUGAGUGUGAUGCAGAAUGUGACUCUCACUUACAUCACACAAAAUUCUUAGUCUACCCUGAGCAAAAUCAUAUGCCUUUUGGAUCCUUUCCAUGUAUGCAAAAAGAGGAGAAAGAAAGCAGAGUAUUCCUACAAAGAGAGUGGAAUAUGAUGAGAAACAGUUUUGACAGGUCUUAAGGAUAAAGUGAAUAUUAUGUGUGCAGUUAUACCUGUUUUAAGAACCCACUCAAGGAAUCAACACAUACUGCAGAGUCUUCUUAAAAAAAAAUAGAGCAAAAUUUUACUCAAUAUAUUGUAAGGUACUUUGGGGAAGUUUCUUAAGAAAAGAGGCUUUUGUGCAGGUUUCAUUGUAAUUCUCCUUUCUUUAAAACUUUGUAAAUGUUCACAAAAUGUUGGGCUACAGAGUAACAGUCUCUGUUACUGCAGUUUUACACUGCUUGUAACUACAUUAAAAUCCCUGGAGUUCCACUGGUAUAAAACCAGAGUAAUGCA